ACUUACACGCAUUUCACGACCUGAAGGCCCUUUCCGCGUGAGCUGUCGCUGGGCUUCUGCACGAAGACUUUCCGUUUUCUGACUCCUGGCACGCUUCCUACAGCUAAGAAGUCUUCGCAUAAUAUUCUAGGAGCAAUUAAGAAUGCCGCCGCGGAAGCGAAAGGCUCCGCUGAAGGCCAUCGUCGAAGCAGAAGAAGCGGACACGCAGGAGGAGCCAGCAGCGCAGGAGGCGGCACCUGUUUGUGCCCAAAACGAGGAGGAUGAGGAGCAGAUCCGGCUAGUCAUCCAAGAAGCCAAAGAGCAGGUUGAGGCCCAGGCCGCCCAACUGGUGGCCAAGAUGCGCGAGCGAGCUCAGACGCUGCGGAAGCACGGCGACGUCGUGAUCGCCAAGAUGACUAAGCAGGUCCGGUCCAUGUCCGCGGCCGACUUCUUCCAGCUGUCAGAGGCCGAGGCCGCCGCCACCAGCCUGGACGGCGUGCUGCAUCGCCUGAGGGCGCUGGUGGCCGGAGGCGGCGGAGGCGGAGGAGGCGGCGGCGCCACUGGCGGAGCCAGCGGGGCGGCCUCGGCUGCUGUGGUGUCGGGGCUGGUGUUGCGGGCGGAGCAUGCCGCGGCGGCGGCUGAGGUGGCCAAGGCCCUGACCGAGCGCCCCACAGGCCAAGCUGAGCAGGAGGAGGAGCAGGAGGAGCAGCAGCAGCAGCAGCAGCCGGGUGCAGCGGCGGCGGCGAAGGAGGAAAAUGGGCGGGUCGCGGAAAGCGGGGCUGCGGCCACCGCUGCAACAGCACCAGCAGUGGCACCGGCAGAGGGCACUCCCGCUGACGCGGCGGCACUGAUGCCGCCCCCGCCGCCCCGCGCGCCGCUGGGGCCUGCCGUGGCGGCGUCUCCGGCUACAAGGGCGGCGGUGGGGGCGGCGCCGUCAACAACAGCAGCGGCGGCGGCGACGGCUGCGGCGGGUCCGCCGCGGGCUCCUGCCUGGAAUGAGGUGGUGUACUCAGCCAACGGCUCGCCCAUCUACCUUGGCGCCAUCAUGGCCGCAGCCAGCCACGUGGCCGCACCCGGCACCGCCCUGCGACCCGGCGCAGCCGCCGCCGCCGCCGGUCACUCGCUAGUGGACGCCACGCCGGCAGCAGCGGCAGCAGCAGCAGCAUCCGGGGCGGCGGGGGCGGCGCCGCCUCAGUCGGUGGCGUUCACGGGGCGCACGUUCCGCCGGGCGGCGCCCACGCGCGGCCGCACGCGGCAGCUGGUGCGCGAGAUCGUGGUCACCACCGCGGACGGCAAGACGUUCACAGUGGACGACCUGAUUGGCCUCAAGGGCGUGCCGGCCGCCUACCGGGACGAGGUGCGGCGGCUGGUGCUGUCAGACGUGCAGGACCUCAACGACAUCGCCACCCGCAUGACCGCCAUGGAGGAGGCCGACCAGAAGGAGGAGGGCAGGGAGGCGGCAGCGGCAGCGGCAGGAGGAGGAGGAAAAGGCGGAGCCGGCAGGGCGGCGGCGCCCGCAGCAGCCGGGGGCAAGGCGGGCACGCAGGCCGCAGGCAGUGGUAAGAGCGGCGGCGGCGGCGGCGCAGCGGCGGCGGUGCCGGCGCAUGCGGCGGCGGCGAACGCGAACGCGAACGCGGAGAACAGCAGUGCGCGAGCAAACAGCGCCAAGAACACCGACACCAACACUGGCACCAUCACUAACACUGGCGGCAACGGCAGCGACGGCAAGGGGGCGGCCGGUGCCGCAGGGGGCAAGGGCGCCGGGGCAUCGGCGGCCGCUGGCAAGGCGACGGCGGCUGCGGCCUCUGCCGCGGCGGCGGUGUCGGCGCCUGCCACACGCGCGUCGCGGCGGCGGUGAGGCAGUGAGGCAGAUGCGGCGGGGGUAGUCGAGAUGGUAUUUGUGUGUCCAGGGUUUGAGAGGGCAGCGGGCUGGGUGCUUGAAUGGAGGCGGCGUGCGUGCCUGUCAGGGCACAUACGUCAGGAGGGCGGCAGUGGUAAUUGUGAGAGGCGGCGAUAGGCGUGGGCGGUGGGUGACGUCCGUACAGGAGCGAGCAGCUGCCAGUCUGCCCGCUGCCGGGAUGUAGAUGUGAGAUUGGAUGCCGUACAUAUGUACGAUACCAUAGCACAAGGGGGGGGACGCCGUGUUGAGGGGUCUGAAUAUGUUCCCCUCAUGCGGCCGAGUUAGCUGCUCGGACACCGUGAUACGAUACGCCCUGUAGGAUGGCAUCCAGGUUGUUAUGACAAAUGGGCCACACACGAGGUUCUCCUUAUGUGCGGUCCCCAGUGUACGAUUGCUUCCAGACCUCAAUGGGCCACACACACGGCCGUACGAGUA